AUGCAGAUGGGGAGGUCGUCCAACGACCCGUUUGAGAGCAUCGAGCGGAUGGCAUCGUCGGGUGCGGUGGUGAUAUUGAGCUCGAGCACGUGCUGCAUGUGCCUCGCCGUCGAGCGGCUCCUCCGCGGCCUCGGCGUCGGCCCCACCGUCUACGAAAUCGAAAGCGACAGCCUGGCGGCCGCCCUGCGCGGGCUCGUCGGAGGGCCGGCAGCCGUCCCUGCUGUCUUUGUUGGGGGGAGGCUCGUCGGAGCCAUGGAACAAGUCGUGGCGGCGCACGUCGCCGGAGCACUCGUCCCGCUUCUCAAGGAGGCCGGCGCACUUUGGCUAUGA